ACAAUGGCCCAGAGCAAUCGCGAGACUCAAGUUCUCGACGAAGUAUUUCGAAAGGAGUUGAUCGAGAAGUUAGACGAGCUCAGGAAAUCGAAUCUUCUAUGUGACACAACUCUCCGAGCUGAUGGACAAGAAUUUGCUGCCCAUCGCAGUGUCUUGUCUGUCGGCAGUCAGUAUUUCCGGACUUUGUUUGCAAUGCAGUUAAACGUUCAAGAAACCGAAAAAAAAUUCGUAGAUCUCAAAGAAGUAACCUGUCAAGCCUUGACGGAGGUGCUUCAGUAUGUCUACACCGGAAAAGCAAAACUCAACUCAUCUAACGCAGAAGAAAUCGUCGUUGCUUCCGAUUACUUGAUGGUUGAAGGGUUGAAAUCGAAGGCUUCUCUUUUCUUGGAAGAAUCCUUAAGUAAUGCGAAUUGUUUGGCGUUAGAAUCCUUCGCUUCUCAAUAUAACUGUGAGUCGUUAAAACAAGCUGCCGCUACUUUUAUCCGUAAAAAUUUCGUGGCCGUGGCAAAGUCGAGUGAUUUUUUGUCCCUUAAUGAAGAAAAACUGUUAGAAUUGCUCAGCGACGAUGAAAUAAUCGUACCGCGUGAAGAGGAAGUGUACCAUGCAGCAGUCAGAUGGGUCAAAUACGAUUUAGCCUCAAGAGAAAAUUAUUUUCCUGAACUGUUGAAAUGUCUUCGGCUGUUCUCGAUGUCGAAGUUUUCUCUGCGUCAAAUUCUUUGCGAGGAAGAAUUGGUUAAAAAUAACGUUGCCUGUAUGACAUUAUUACUGAAUGGACUGGACUACUUUCUGUUCCCGGAUCGUUACCAGAACGUUUCACUCAUACCUCGUUUGUCACUAAGGGAAUAUGAGGAUGUGGUAGUACUCAUUGGAGGCAAGAAUAUAAAGAACGAGGAAUUAAGAAGCCUUCGCUGUUUUGUACUUUCCUCUAAGAAUUGGAUUUCAUUACCUGAUAUGCCUCAAUCUUGCAGUAAUCAUUGUGCUGGUGUAUGUGGUGGAAUCUUGUUUGUCAUACCUCCAGGAUACCAAAGUCUUUUGACACGUAAGUGUGUGUAUUCUUUGAACCCCAAACGAAGCACAUCAUGGAACUCCACUGAAUAUGGAAUACUUGUUGGUCACGACUGUUCAGUGACAGCUUACAAUGAACAACUUUAUAUCGUGGGGGGCAGCAGUGAUGACUCUAAAGGAGUGAAAGUCUUCAAUCCAGCCCUUGGUACAUGGAAAAGGAUGGCACCAAUGAAUAUUGGGCGUGCUGGACAUUGUGCUGUUCUCCUACAGAAGCAUAUUUAUGCCAUUGGAGGUCACAAUAAUGAAAGUUGCCAGAAGAGUGUGGAGCGUUACAAUCCAGUAACAAACCAGUGGCAAACGAUUCGAGAUAUAUCCAAUGCCCGCACGUUUGCUGCAGCGGCUGUAUCAAAUGGGAAGAUCAUUGUUGUUGGUGGGUUCAGUGCCAUGAAACCCUCAAAAGUCAUGGAAGUCUCCUGUGAAAUGUUUGACCCAUGUACAAAUGAAUGGAGUCUGGUCUCAAGUCCUGCUAUUUCACGUGCUGCUUGUGGAAUUGUGAGUAUAGAUGACAUUAUUUACUUGUUUGGAGGUCAACAUGAAGAAUGUUGCAUGGAAACUGUAGAGUCUUUUGAUUUGAAACAGAACGAGUGGCGAGCUGUAGCUUUUAUGCCAACUGAGCAUCAACGCUCUUUCCAUCAAGCUUCAGUACUAAGACUUCCUAAACAUAUUGUUUCUUAGAAAUAGAAAAUUGUACUGGUUUCUCAAGGAAUGUCAUAGUGUUGAUGACCAAGGGUGAGGUCAAGAUGGCUUAAUAUAUCAGCCUAAUUCUUCGACUCGUUUUCGAAAUUAUGAAUUCAAAACAACACUCCUUCGAAAUAAGAAAAUAACGACUGUUUUCAAUUUAGACUGUGUAGUUUGAAUUUUAAAUCUUGAAUUAUUGUAAAGUUUUAAACUAAAUAAUACCAACUGAUGAAAACUGAACCUUAGACCAUAUAAAAUAAAAAUAUCUGAUUUGUUACCCUCCCUUCUCAUAUCCCAAGACUUCAGACUACACAUGUAAGUCAGUUAUGAGAAUAUGGCUAUUAUUGUUUUAAACAUACUCUGGAUGAUAAGUUCAUCAGCUAUUGUACUAUUGCAGGAUAAUAUAUUGAUAUUGUUUGGAAAAGUUAUAUUUUACUCAUCAUGCAGCAAGAGUUUUAUCUGAAGCCAGACAAAAAAAUAAUAGUAAUAAUUAGCAUAUUUGUGAAAAUGGAUUGUGUUCAUUUCCAAAAUAAGUUCAGUUGGUUACAGGUUGAUGCAGGCUUCCUUUUAGAACUAUUUUGUUACAAAGGCCUUUGCUAAUCUCAUAUUUUGUACUGCAGUAGACCCUGUCAUUUUGUGGUGUAUAUUGAUUUCCAUAGCAAUAGAGCUACACGUAUAUCGUAUUGUCAAUUUGAUUUAGUUGUACUGUAUAACAGUUGGUUAGUUGAUAUAACUUCUGAUUGAAACAAAAACUAUACUAGUAUGUACUGAUUUAAACACUAAAUAUCAUGUACUUUUGAACACGUUACUAU